CAUAAAUUCAAGAAAUUCAUUAUAUACAAAAAAUGUGACAUAUUUUUUUCCAAAAACUUCGGCAUAACACACUUUGUUCGAAAAAAUAAACGAAGUGGCGCGGUGGUAAAGCAAAUGUAUUUCAGAACACACUUCUAUGAAAACAUAAAUAAAUAUUGAAAUGAAAAAUGGAUUGGUAUGAGAUUGAUGUUGAUGCAGAAAAUUGUGUAAAAUUUAAUGAAAACUCUCUGCCCUGGGAAAAUCAUGUACUAAAUAAUAUUGGUGCGAAUGAUCUAGGUGGUGUUAUUAAAAAUGGCGAAUUGGCUUAUCUUGCAAAUAAUUACAAACUUAAAAUUGUAUCUCUUCGAAAUGGUCAAGCAGUAUCAUCGUAUGAAUUUUUAGAGGAAAACGGCUUUGGACAUUAUUGUAUUCGGCAUAUAUGUGAAAUUUUAUGCGAAAAGCUUGGAACUAUAUUAGCAAUUUGUUUACAUAAUGUUAGAACUUUUAAAGACAGUGUUGUUGCGAUAUAUUCUGUUGAACAGAACAGAAUUUUUGAAUCUUUUGCAUUGGAAUUUAAUAUUUCCAUCAUAUAUUAUAUAUCGCCACCAGUUUCGAAGAAGUCAUUACUUCAACGAUUCGAUGGAUGCCUGGCAAUUGGCUCUGCUUCAGGAACUUUAGUACUGAUAGAUUUAAAUUUAAGCAAAACCAUGUCGUCCCACCAGCUUGAGUGUGAAGACCACAAUUUAAAGAAAGAUUGCCGAUUUGUAAAUUAUACACAGCCUUUUGAAGAAUCACUUCGACAGUUUGAUGAAUGUAGAGCUAAACAGGUUCACUUUGGUAUUCAAAUGGAAGUGUUGGAACUUUCGAGUUGUGUAACAAGUAUAUUGCCAAUUAAUAUUUCAAUGUCGCUAGCAGUUGGAUACGCAGAUGGUAAAUUGGUUAUUUAUGAUAUGAUUGAUUUAGAGAUAUAUCAUGUUGCUUUACCGCAUCCAAUGCAAAAUAAAUCACCGUUAGUUAAAAUGGAUUAUUUGGAGCCUCCAGACGAUCCACGUUCAUGUUUAUAUAUUUGGACUAUGCAUGAAAGCCCACAUCAUUUGACAGCUUCUUUACAUACGUUGACAUAUCAAACACGUUUAACCGAUAAAGAUGGUCAUAAUAAUUAUAAGGAUUUUAUAAGUGGAUCAAUAUGUUUGCAACUGCCUUUAGAACCUACAAAAAGUCAUGCCUUAUCUUGUCAAUCAAUCUACAAGUUUCGUGACGAGAAUGAUUCUUUUUGCUUAUCUGUUUUAACAUGGUAUUCCGACAUCGAAGAAAAAAUUAAGCUUGUAGUAUUCGAUUUAAACCAAUGGUACAAAGAGGAAAUGCCAAUAACAGUAAAUCAGCGAAAUUAUAAAACUUAUUUAGCUGGUUUUAUAUUAAGUGGAAUAGAUUGUGUCUUAUAUUCUUUUGUAAGCCCCAAUAGUAUUGCUCCUUUCAAUUCAAUUCAGCGAAUUGAAAACCAUUUUUUUCCGAAUUCAUUAAGUUUUGAUUGCGUACUACUGCUUCCAAAUUGUUAUCAAAGCUAUAGAUGGGAGGGGAUUCAAAAUAAAGUGAUUAAUCUCUUACGAUGCAGCAAUUCUUCAAUAUUCCUUGAACAGGAUUUAUAUUAUAAUGAAAUACUACGAACAGGACUAUUACCUCAGUUUUUUGAAUUAAACACUAACAAAUUGGAUUUAAGAAAAGAGAAAUAUUAUGCAAUAUUGUCAGUGGCAUUGGAAAAUAAUUGUGUUAAUCUUUUACGUGAUUGCGUCAAGAGCUGGAGUGAUGGUAGUUUUAUGGGUAGUGUAACUGAAGUUACUGGGCUAUCUGUUACGUUAAUGACUCAAUGGAUUAUGAGUCGAGCUACUAGUAUAAAAAAACGUUGCAACGAUUUAUGUAAUGGAGUUUUUGAUUACGUUGGGUAUUCACUUGAUUCUAAGGGACAAAAGGAGUUGGGGUUUCUUUCACGUCAAUUAAAACUAUUAGCAGAUCUUGUAAAUUUAAUAAUAUCUUUAUCUAAGCAAAAAUUAUUAACAAAAGAUUUAAAAGAGAAGCAUGUGCAUUUACAAGCAGCCGCUGAAUAUCAUGAAGUUUUGCUAUGGUUAUUCAAUAUUGGCCUAUUAUCGGAAGUCUCACCUAAAAUGUCUCAAUCUGAUCAAUUAGUAUCAUAUCCUUAUUCAACGUUAAAGGACAUAUAUUCCAGAAAACGUAUUCGUUUUGCUAACAUCAAUGAUAGUUUUGUAUCAAAAAAAACGGGAAGCUGUCGUCUGUUAUUUAUUGAUGCUUUUAUUGAUCAUGAAUGCAAAGGCAAUAUGUUAAGAGAGCAUUGGUUGGAAAAUAAUGGUAAUGGUCUAUAUCCUCCAACAUCAAUUGAAUAUAUGUUGCGGUUGCUACUUAUUCCUGAAAUUGAUUUUGAUAAAAAGUGUGCAAUUUUAUUAUAUUUUUUAUUGGAUUUAAAUAUCGCAGUUGACGACGCAUAUAAGAACGUUGUAAAUUUUAUUAAGUUUCCAAGUGUUUUUAAAAUGUCUGCAUCCUUAAUUAAAACAGUAGAAACGUUUUGGCAUUUGGAUCAUGAUCAGUAUUUGCUAGCCGUUAACGAGUUUAUUUCACCAUUCAACAAUAAUAAUGACUAUCCUCAUUGGAUAGUUGAGUUACUUAUUGAAGCAUUGCUUGCGCAAAAACAGGAAUAUUUAGCGUUACGUGUAAUUGGUUCCUAUCCUACGUUUGUUCCACCGAUAUUAAAACUUAAAACAUUUCUUUUGAAUGAUUUAUUAUCUGAAGCUUUUCAUUUUGCCCGAUCUAAAAAUGAUGUUACUUUACUUGAAUAUUUUUUUACCUAUUGCUUACGAUCAGGAAAAUAUAGUGUCAUACGAGAGUUUGUUCUGAGUGAAAGAGAAGGGCAACUAAUUCAAAAUCUCCUUAAACGUAACAAUACUGAUUAUUCGGAAAGUCUUAAUUUUGUUUAUUUAUUGCAAAAAUCUAAAUAUAUUGAUGCUGUUUCUUAUUUGGAUGAUCUUGCAAAAUCAAAAUAUAAUCAUACAAAAUUAGUUGCAUCAUAUUUUGAUACUCCAAAUUUAGUAUCGACUUUUAACAUCACCAUGACACCAGUUACUCAAGAUUUAACUGACGUAUUUUUUCGAAUAAGAAAUAAAAUAAAGAAAAAAGAGACGGACAAUAAUUCUCCAGUACCGUUUAGUUGUCAAUUAAUAAGACAAAACGCUAAUGAUUUACUUGGAGGAAUCUAUCAUAGUUCCGCUUUAAGUGCACAUUUUGCAACAUGUUACUUUGAUGAAGUAAAUGUAGCUAUUAAACGUGAUCCUAAAAUAAUUCUAAAUCCAAACGAUGCACCGUUUUUAAGAAAGCCUCAGUUUUUUAAUUUACACCAUUCGAUGCCAUUAAAAUCCAACACUAUCUCCUAUCCACAAAUAUACAAACAAAGUGGCAAACGUUCAUUAGCAGAAAGCGAAUUAAAAGACGCGAAUGAAGAUUAUUGCAUAACAGUGAGAUCAGAACAUAAUCCAAAAAAGAAACGUCGCUUAAUUGGGCAAGAAUUGAUACAUGAAUUUUCUCAGUUUAAAGAAAAAACUGUAGACAAUAAUUAUCAAAAUACUCCUACACUUAUAUCUUAUGAUGAAAACCCAAACAAUUUCUUUAUCAAACCUAUUACAAGCUUUAAACAAGGUAUCGUGAAAAGUGGCAAUAAGUGUAGUGAAUUGCAUAGUAUUUUGAAAACACGAGUAAAUGAUGUAACAAAAUUUUCAAAAAAAUUUUUGGAAGAAGAAAAAAAUAUUCGUUUUCAAUUAUCAUCUUUUGAUAAUAAAAUUGAUGUAGAAAAUGAGAAUAAAAAUGGAAUAGAUAAUUCUUUUGGUCCAUUCGAGAAUAAUAUAUCAAAAAAGCAGAUUCUUAGUAAAGAUUAUAAAAAAUUUUCUAGUAAUUUAUCACUUCAAGAAAAGAUUGAUAUGAAAAAUUUGAAAAAAACUGUAAUACACGAUUCUGAAAUAGAAUAUACUACAGAAGAAGAUUUUUUCUUACCACUUUCAGUACAAAAUACUUCUGUUAAUUUGACAAAAUUGGACUCGUCUGUAUUUGAAAAAGAUACGCUGGCACUAAUAUCUGAAAAAGGUCCCAAACCUCGAAAGCAUAUUAUUCGUUCAAAUAUUGAGAGUUCAAAUCUACUACUUACUGAAAAAAUAUGUAAUGAAAUUAAAAUUCAACCAAACAAAGAAAAAAUGAAUUUGAAAAAUAUAUUAACUGAAAAAGUUCAAUCAUUAAAGCAAGAAGCUGAAAACUCAUAUUUGGUUACUUGUAACAAUAAUGAUUUAGCUUGUUUUUCAAAUAGUAAAAUAAAUGAGUUUGUUCCGAAAAUUUCUUCCUCAAAAGUUUGCGAUACCCAACUGCAAUUUUCACAGGAGCAAUGUCAAUCUAAACGCAAUUUUUUAGAUUGCACUACAAUUGUUGAAAGUUUAACGCCUAUGGAGUCAGCUGAUGUAAUCGUUGAUGCUUUCAAAAACACACAAGAGAUAGAUAAAAAUAAUAAAUUAUUAAAUAAAUAUAAAGAGUCUGCUAAUGAUUAUAAAAUGCUCGAUACUACGUUGGAUAUGAGUGUAUAUGAUUUCACUUUAACACAACCGACAGUUGAAGUCGUCAAUGUUCGUAAUAUAGAGUCAGGUAUUCAGGAGGAGACUAAGGCUGAUCAUAAUAAUAUGAAGUUAUUAAGUCAUAUCGAUUAUGACCAAAACACUAAAUCAAGUGGUAUAUAUCAUAAUAAAAUUUAUAGUAACGAGGAUAUUAUUGAACUUGUAUCAUCCAAUGAUAACUCGCGGUCAAACAAUGAUGAUUGCUUUCAGAGUAGUAGUAGUGAUAAAAAUAAUAUUUAUCACAAUCUUAACAAUAGCAACAGUGAAUCGGAGUCCAGCGGUGCAGAGUUAUAUGAAGAUAUAAAUACAAUAUCUGAUAGUUCAGAUAUUGAUGAAGUAGAAAUUAUUGAUGCUAAAUGUACACCAAUUGAAAACAUUUUGGAAACAGAAAAGGACUAUGUCAAGCAAUCUUCAAACCACCAGCAGACCGACGUUGUUCAAUUUUGUGACACACUUGAUCCAAUUAAACUUUGCAAGCCACAUAAUACAGAUAACCUCUCUACACAAAAUGACCACGUCAUAAAUUUAGAUAAAUUGAGUGAUCAGGGACAACAUCCCAUAGAAUAUACAAAUAAUUUAGAUACUAACGUUAAACUAAUGAAGUCAAAGUCAAAGGAAUUGUUAAGAAAUAGAAAUAAAAAUUCCGAGAAUGAUGUUAAAGCCAAAACUAAUGGAGCAGCAAAUGAUUUUAAAAAAGAUAUUAAAGAAUUCAAGUCAGCCACAAAUCUUAAAAAUAAAUAUGAUAAAAUGUUGACGUCAAAUACAUGUUUUACUGAAUUGAAAACUGCAGUUUCAUUGCCUUUGAUUACGAAUUCUGAACUAAAUUUGGAUAAUCCACCAUUAUCUGAAUAUAAUAAGAACAUAUUAAAACAAUCAAAAAAGGCGGCAGAAAAUGAGGACGAAGCUCUCAUUUCUGAAGUAAACGAAAACACUCAAAAUUUUGUAUUGGGAAUUAGUGAAGAUGAGGUUAUUGACUAUACAAAUAUUUUAGAGAACAGCCAAUAUAAUAAAAUGAAAUCAAAUGUUGAUACUGUGAUAUCAAACGAUACCAAUGAGAGCACUAAAAUUUUGAAUGAAAAACACCAUAAUUUGUUAAUGCAACAAAAAGAUGAUGAUGUGGAUUAUGCAGAAAAAUUAAAAAGCACAUUUAAAUAUAAUAAUAAAGGUUUAUUAAAAGAUAACUAUAAUUCCACCAUAGGUCGAAAUAAACGAGGAAUAUCUUUACCGCUACAACACAAUUUUAAUGAAAAUGAAGAAACUAACUAUACAAUUUGCACUCGCAAAAUCCGUGCAUCUUCGUUACAGCCGAAAUCACCAAAUGAACUGAAAAUAACUAGAUCACGAAGACAUUCAAGAUCUACAUCGAUUUCUGUAGACGAAGAUGAAAAAAAUCGAUCGCCAACAUUGAUGCGUACACAAAACCGUUCUUUACGGAGAAGAUCAGUAACUUUAGAAUCAAUUGUCGAAAUUAACCCAUUAAUAGAUUCACCCUCUACAAACACGCGUUCACGAACUCGUUAUAGUUCAAUUGAUAGUGAACUUAAUAAUAUUGAACAAACUUCAUUGAAACGUAGGCGUACCAGUUCGGUUGCCAGCCAUAAAUCUGACCAAACUCCAAAACAUACACGUCGAUCAGGCAUAUCUAGUCAAACUGAAGUUCAUACACCAAAAUCUACUGGUCAACAAGCCAUUUCAAAACCUAAAAUUAUUUGUGAUGAUGAUCCAGAUAACAGUCAGCCAAAUGACAAAAAAAAAAAUGUUAAAAAUCAACAUUCAGAGGUUUCACAUAAAAAAUCUAAUAGCAGUGCCGAAAGUAGUAAAAUUUUAUCAAAUACAGACAUUUCACAGACUACAUGCGAAUAUACAAAUGCACGUCGAUUAACCCGAGCACAGCUUUCCAUUUUAGAAAAAUCUUCUGCAACAGCUACAGAUGUUUCGUUUGCAGUUACCACCAGAAGAGUCUCGAAAAGAGCUUCUUCCCAUAACUCAGUAAACACUAAUAACAGCGAUAAUGCUGAUUCAGUAUCAUCACAUAUUGAUAACUUAUCUAAAAUAGACGUUCCUCGUCGUAUUACUCGUAGUUCAGCCAAGGACAAGGAUGAAGUAGAUGACGAACUAGUAAGUAAUGCCAGUUCUAAUUCAAGUAAUAAACGAUUGAAACAACGAUCAAAAGAAAAAAUUUCACCUAAUAUUAAACUAAAUACUAUACCAGAAAAUUAAUCGGCGAAGUUAAUUUUAUUUUAUUAUAUUCUAAAAUUUGAUAUAAUUUUUAACUAUAAAAGAACUUUGGCAAUGGGUCUGUCGAGAAAUAGAAAUUGACUUUUAAUUACAUUUGAACACAUCUACAAAUUGAAAAUCUUGUUAAUUAAAUUAUUUAAAUAAAUUGUUUUUGGAAU